AUGGAUCACAUAGGGAUAAGCUUAUUGGGGUCGCAACAGAAUGCGCAUGUACAGCCCAUCAGCUUUGGAAUUGAUCAGAUCCUCAGCAACGUGGAGCAUAAUUGCAUGCUGGGUGUUAAGAUGCACGAGCCAGACUUCGGACACCCGGGGUACAGCGGCAGCGUUAGCGAUGGCGGGAACAACGCAGGAUUCGCGUGCGGCAACACUGGAUAUAGUGGCACUAGCUCGUUCGGCGGGACAUAUCACAUGAAUAUGGAUGUCAAUGUGAACGGGACCAACGCAAAUGCCGCUGGGGUUUUCCGUGUACCCGCACACCGGCCUCUGAACGGAGGGAACUCCAUGCCGCCUGUGAGCGGGACUAUCAACAACCUGACUACACUCACCUUCCCCUGGAUGGAGAGCAACCGACGCUACACUAAAGACAGGUUCCCAGGUCAUCCCUAUCAGACCCGGACGCCUCCUAAGAAGAAGAAGCCCCGGACAUCUUUCUCACGCCUGCAGAUCUGUGAGCUGGAGAAACGGUUCCAUCGGCAAAAAUACCUGGCGUCUGCUGAGAGAGCUGCUCUAGCCAAAGCUCUGAAGAUGACUGAUGCUCAAGUCAAAACCUGGUUCCAAAACAGACGGACCAAAUGGAGGCGGCAGACUGCGGAGGAGCGGGAGGCCGAGCGGCAGCAGGCCAACCGGAUUCUUAUGCAACUUCAUCAGGAAGCCUUUCAGAAAAACAUCAACCAGCCGUUGACCCCGGACCCACUGUGCCUGCAGAACAGGUCUCUGUUCGCACUGCAGAACCUGCAGCCCUGGACCGAGAAUACCGCCAAGAUCAGCAGCGUGUCGGCCUGCGAUUAG